AGAAGAGCGCAGCUCCUCCUAUUGGACGAGCCCCAGCCCCGGCCCCAUUCUCGCCUCCCAAAGAGGAAAAGCUUAUCCGCUAUGGAUGGGGAGCCGCCACUCAGCGGCGAUGGGGCCCUGGUCGAGGCCCACGCGCACUUCUUGAGGGGCGAACACGACGAGGCCGAGGCACUCUAUUCGGCCUACAUUCGUCAGUGCGCCUGCGCAGACGGGGGAACGCGCACUGCCCCCCCCUCCUCCGCACCGAGUGUUUGUUCCGUGGCCGCCAUAGACUUAGUGCCCUCUGCACCCAGAAAAAGAAGCGUGGAGAUCAUCCAAGGCUCCCCGGAGGACCUGGCCACUGCCUACAACAACAGGGGCCAGAUCAAAUACCUUCGGGUGGACUUUUACGAAGCCGUGGACGAUUACACAGCCGCCAUCGCCGCCCGGCCCCACUACGAGAUCCCCUAUUACAACCGAGGCCUGAUAUUUUACAGGAUGGGUGAGGAGGCGCUUGGUUCGCUAAGGACAGUUUGACGAAGCUUUGGAAGAUUUCCAGAAAGUGUUAGACUUGAAUCCCGGCUUUCAAGAUGCUACGCUGAGCUUAAAACAGACACUUUUAGAUAAGGAAGAAAAACAAAAGAGGAAUUAUUAAAAAUUCUCCCCAAAUUAAAACAUUUGCUGAUUUUUUUCCCCA